AUGCAGAAGGUGUUGCCUGAUGGAGCCACCAUAGCUCCAAUUAUUCUAGCAUCUGACAAAACAUUGUUGUCCCAAUUCCAAGGAGAUAAGUCAGUGUGGCCGGUGUAUAUGUCUAUUGCCACAGUGCUCCUUGGGUACUUACCUACAGGGAAGCUUGAUUGCUUCACUCCAGAUGCAUGCUCCCUGGCCGGUCACCAACUCUUCCAUCAUUACAUGAGACUGCUCCUGCAUCCUCUCAUCACUGCCAGAAAUGAUGGUGUGGACAUGGUGUGUGCAGACUCGUGGAUUUGGCGUGUCUAUCUGAUACUGGUGGCAUAUGUGGCCGACUUUCCCGAACAGUGUCUGGUUUCUUGCUGUGAGGAGAACCAUUGUCCAAAGUUCCUUGUGGGAGCUAAUAAGCAAGGGUAUGUGCUGGACUCAGUGAUGCGUGAUCCUGAGCCCAUGAAAGAUAUCUUGCAAAGGUGCAAGAAUGAUACCACUCAUAUUACCCCACUACUCAUUUCUCUUCUACAACGAUUCAAGGCAGUCCCAGAUUAUCCUGGACUUUGGCACUUCAAAAACAGUAUAUCAAAUGUAAAGCAAUGGAUGGGAAGUGAGCAUAAAGAAAUGCAGUGA